AUGGCGUUGAAGGUGCUGAAGGGAAUGGUCAGCGGAGCUGUUAACGAGCUCUCAUCAGCCGUUACCGGCAACAAGACGGCUGCCUCCCGGGAGCAAGUCCUGGCUGUUAAACGCGACUACAUCUCCCAGCCGCGCCUGACCUAUAAGACAGUGUCUGGAGUGAACGGGCCUCUCGUGAUUCUGGACCAGGUGAAGUUUCCCAGGUAUGCAGAGAUCGUCCACCUGACCCUGCCAGAUGGAACCAAGAGGAGUGGCCAGGUGUUGGAGGUUACAGGGUCUAAAGCCGUGGUGCAGGUGUUUGAGGGGACAUCAGGUAUUGAUGCUAAGAAGACCAGCUGUGAGUUUACAGGGGACAUCCUACGCACCCCUGUCUCUGAAGAUAUGCUGGGUCGCGUGUUUAAUGGAUCAGGCAAGCCCAUCGACAAAGGCCCCACAGUGAUGGCAGAAGACUACCUGGACAUCAUGGGCCAGCCUAUCAACCCUCAGUGUCGUAUCUACCCGGAGGAGAUGAUCCAGACAGGGAUCUCUGCUAUAGACGGCAUGAACAGCAUCGCUAGGGGGCAGAAAAUACCCAUCUUCUCUGCUGCAGGACUGCCACACAACGAGAUAGCGGCUCAGAUCUGUCGUCAGGCAGGCCUGGUGAGGAAGUCUAAAGAUGUGAUGGACUACAGUGAUGACAACUUCGCUAUCGUCUUCGCCGCAAUGGGGGUCAACAUGGAGACAGCUCGGUUCUUCAAGUCAGACUUUGAGGAGAAUGGUUCCAUGGACAAUGUCUGUCUGUUCCUCAACCUGGCCAACGACCCCACUAUAGAGCGUAUCAUCACGCCCCGCCUAGCUCUGACAUCAGCAGAGUAUCUGGCCUAUCAGUGUGAGAAGCACGUCCUCGUCAUCCUGACUGACAUGAGCUCCUACGCAGAGGCGUUACGAGAAGUCUCAGCGGCCAGAGAGGAGGUCCCAGGUCGUCGUGGUUUCCCAGGCUACAUGUACACUGACCUUGCCACCAUCUACGAGAGAGCUGGUCGGGUGGAGGGACGCAACGGCUCUAUCACCCAGAUCCCUAUACUAACUAUGCCCAACGAUGACAUCACUCACCCCAUCCCUGAUCUGACAGGGUACAUCACUGAGGGACAGAUCUACGUGGACAGACAGCUGCACAACAGACAGAUCUAUCCUCCCAUCAAUGUUCUGCCAUCACUGUCUCGUCUGAUGAAGUCAGCCAUCGGAGAGGGGAUGACACGCAAAGACCACUCUGAUGUUUCCAACCAGCUGUAUGCGUGUUAUGCUAUAGGUAAGGACGUGCAGGCGAUGAAGGCUGUGGUAGGAGAGGAGGCUCUGACGCCUGAUGAUCUUCUCUACCUGGAGUUCCUACAGAAGUUUGAGAAGAACUUCAUCGCCCAGGGAGCCUAUGAGAACAGGACUGUGUUUGAGACACUGGAUAUCGGCUGGCAGCUGAUGAGAAUCUUCCCCAAAGAGAUGCUGAAAAGAAUCCCUCAGAGCACCCUGGCAGAGUUCUACCCCCGCUUGAAGUAA